CAGACUUAAAAAGGACACAGUUGGGUUUAAUCUAACACGGUGGAGCUGACUGCUGGACUGGACUCUGAACUACCCACAAGGCAGUAGUUUCCUAGUUUAUCCUCCAGCCUGCGUGUGAAGGAGAGAGGAAGCCGGUCACAUUGUCCCAAAAAAGCUCUAUAUAUGGGAUGAGAGGGAGGAAGUUGGAUUCCUCAAUAGGACAUCCACCCAGUGGCUCAAGAAACCUGCUCUGAAGGCUGGCCGGGUUGAAACUGUUCAGAGAGGUCUUCACUUCAGAUCAGAAAUUCCUCCAGAAGACUACCUCACCUGACCUGACUGGGACCAGCAACAAUACAGCCAUGUCUUUGCGGAUCCAUGUGCUGGCCUGCUGCUUCGGCCUGGGCUCCUGGGUGGCUGUCAAUGGCCUGUGGGUGGAGCUCCCCCUCAUCGUUAACACUCUCCCCGAGGGCUGGGAACUACCAUCUUACCUGACCGUUAUCAUCCAGCUCGCCAACCUGGGACCUCUGCUGGUCACUCUCAUGCACAAGCUGUGUCCGGGCCGUCUGAAGGAGAGAGUUGCCAUCUACAGUGUGUUGUCCAUAGGUGUCCUGGCCUGUAUACUUCUGGCGUUCUACUGGGAUGAGACCACAGUGGUGGCGGCGGCAUCUCGGAGCACAGCCUUCUUUAUCCUCACCUUUUUCCUGGCCUUGGUGGACUGCACCUCCUCUGUCACCUUCCUGCCCUUCAUGAUGCAGCUACCAGCCCACUACAUCCCCACCUACUUCAUUGGAGAAGGCCUGAGUGGCUUUAUCCCUGGUCUGGUGGCUCUCGGCCAGGGCGUCGGCAUGGCCAAGUGUGUGAAUGCCACUCAGUCCUCUGGUAACCUCACUGAAGAGGAUAUGUACAUUGUCCAGACCCAGUUUCUACCGCCCAACUUCUCCACCGAGGUGUUUUUCUUCUUCCUGGCGGCCAUGAUGUGCAUCAGCCUGGCAGCAUUCUCUGCACUAAACAGGCUCCCACGUACCUUUGAACUGUCCACGGAGAACUUGGUUCCAGACACUGACACAGUGGCGUCAGUCUGCUCCGGACUAGACAACCAUGGAGCAGUGACUGAAGGGGAGAACUCAAACCCAAAAUGCCACAGUAAGGAAUCAGGUCAGGCCAGGCCACAGCUGGCUAAAUCAGGCCACUCUAUUUUUCAGUUAACUUUUAUCUAUUUCAUGGUGGUCUGGGUGAAUGGGGCGACUAACGGCCUCUUGACCUCGGUGCAGACAUACUCCUGUAUGCCCUACGGUAACCUGGCAUAUCACCUGUCGGCUGCUCUGGCAUCCUGUGCCAAUCCAGUGGCCUGUAUAGUCGCCAUGUUUUUUCCUAAAAGGUCACUAGUGCUCCUGGGUGUACUGUGUCUCAUUGGAUCAGUCUUUGGAGGAUACAACAUGGCAAUGGCCACCAUGAGUCCAUGUCCACUACUACAAGGCUCCGCACUAGGAGAAGCCAUCAUAGUGCUGUCGUGGGUCUUCUUCACAGGGAUACUGUCUUAUGUCAAGGUGAUGGUGGGUGUCAUCUUCAGAGAUGAGAGCCACAGCGCCCUGGUGUGGUGUGGAGCAGCGGCACAGACAGGCUCUCUGCUGGGCUCUGCCAUCAUGUUCCCACUGGUAAAUGUCUACAACCUGUUUCAGUCAGGAGACUUCUGUAACACCAAGUGCCCUUUAUGACGGUGACCUAUUCCUAAAACACUAACAUAACCACGGGUAAGUAGCUUUGUCCAAGCCAGAAUGGCCCAUCUCAUAGAACACUCCCAGGAAAGGACACUAGUACCUGCGAGUACGUAUACUAACUGGGGUGGUGUGUGAAUAAUGUGGGGAAUGAACAAUGACUGGACAAGAUUAGAGAUUGGACUCUGAACAUGCCUUCAAGAGCACUCUCUUCUGAGAGAGAAAUCCACAUAGAUCAAUGGACUAAAAUAUAACAUUUCAAAAUGUUGCUCAAUUAAUAUUUGAAAAUGUUUUAUAAAGUGUGAUUCACAACCCACGCUCAAGGUUAGCAAUGAUUGUUUAAAAUGCCUGCCCUAGUAAGUGGGUCAAGCACCUUUGAAAUACUUUCUGUGAAUAGCCUCAAUCUUUUCAUCUUUAUUGUGUUGUAGACUUUUUUGUUGUUGUUGGACAAAAUCUUUAUUCAUUUUAAAAUGUUGUUGUUGGGGUAGGCUACAUGCACAAAUUCACAUCAUUUAAUAGUUAAGCUUAGACACACCUACUCAUUCAUGGGUUUUUCUUUAUUUUUACUAUUUUCUACAUUGUAGAAUAAUAGUGAAGAUAUCAAAACUAUGAAAUAAGAAAUCCUGUAGUAACCAAAAAAUGGUUAAAUAAAAGUCAGAUUCUUCAAAGUA